GAGACGUCCGUUUCGUGGUCGUUGGUGCCUUGGCAGCAUGAGAUUAAUUAUAGUUCUGGCUGCGUUGGUCGCGGCCACUGCUGGAACGUACGAGGACAAGUAUUACCAGUACAGCGGCCCGCCGGCGCCACUUAAUAGCGAUGGAAUGGUGAUGGACACGCCGGAAGUGGCCUCCGCGAGGGCUGCCCACUUAGCGAUGCACGCAGAGGCCAUGGCCAGGCUAAGGAAAGCCGAAAAAGACUACGAGACGUACGAGGAAAACGGUGACACGUCGAUGAUGAUGAUGAUGCCUGAAAUGAUGCCCCAGAUGACUGAGGCGACGACACCACCGAAACGUCAACGUCAACGACCUAUGAUGGCGCCACUCGGUCCUGAUGGCCGUGUCAUGGACACUCCCGAGGUGGCCGCCGCAAAAAGCGCCCAUAUGGCGGCGCACGCCCGCGCCGCGUCCAAGGCGUCCGAGUUUUACGAGCUGGACGUGUUCGAUGGGAGGAAGAAUUUGGUUUAUUUGGCCCCGAUUCGAGUGGCCUACAAACACAUCUCACCGAUUGGCUAUCGUGGGCCGUUCGCGCCACUGGGGUCCGAUGGGCGUGUCGUCGACACCCCGGAAGUGGCGAGGGCGCGCGAGGCGCACAUGAAGGCUCACGCACGCGCUGUUGCAAUGUCUACGCAGAAUGAUCUAUACUACUGAAGGGGAAAUGCCAGCGACUGGGAAGCAUAGCUUGUACCUGAUUUCUGUAAUGGCCAAUGGGAUUUUGUUCAGCCGAGAAUAUCGCAGAGCAAGAGCGGAGGUGUCUGUAAAUACUGUUACUAUCGAUCAUUUCGUAUAAGCGGAUUAAGCGUAGGUCUUCAUAUUGCUGAGCGUCGCAAUUUGAAUUUAAUUGCCAUAUGCGUAAUAGUUAACGAUUAAGGUACACACACACACGUAGCGUUUAAGUUAAGCUAUCAAUUGUUUGCCUGUAGCAGGAAGCUUAGUGUGCGAAGGGCGGUCGAAUUAGAAUACUUGUGUUUAUUGCCACCAAUAUGUAUUCUGUACACGGUAUUAUGUCUUCGUGAAAUACAAAUGUGGUUCUCUUGUU